AUGCUGUGGUUGCAAUUAGCGACCAAACUGGGCAUCGCCCUCCUCACUUUCGUAACGCACCCACAGACGUACGGAAACCCUUACUUGCCACUGACGAUUGGGGCAUUCAUCGAAGCCGCGGUUCCCAAUAUCCUCUUCAUCGCUGAAAAUGCCGCACACUCCUUCAUCACAUCUAUCCCCUCCCUCCCGGCCCCGCCUACUCGCCAGGCCAUCUCAGGCCCUCAGGCUACGGUACCAUCCACGGACCUAAUACUAUGGACACCGAUUGGGCUCCCAGUAUCUGCGGGACUCCACUUGCCAACCCUCGUGGCAACGCCUAUCUCGAGUCUAUCGGCUGCUACGGCGGAACGCAACCAUGCGUUAGCACCGCAGCUGGAGUACCCGACGAAGGAACUCAUCGUUUGGGAGGGGCGCACAGGCGAAUCAGUUGAUGCAUUCGGGUCGACCAACUUUGUCGCGAGCGCCAUCGUGGCCAUUGUCAUCGCAUGUUAUGUCUACAUCGUAGCGAAUGUCCUUCGUGCAUGCACACUGUAUACCUUCGCUGCUGUCGCUCCGAGUGCAGAUGCCGGUACACCCCCGCCGUUCGACGUCGAGCUCGCGUUGAACUGCGAGGGUGUCUCGGCGGACUUCUCAAACCAGGAGCUGGUUUCCGGGAUCGCGACUGAAUCAGAUGCACAUGUCCAUCAUAAUGUCGCCAAGAUGUGGCUUUUGGGAUUCAAGCAGCUGGUGCACGCCAACGAGAUUUCUUGGCAAAAUCCACGCCAGAAGUUCGACUCUCGGAUCAAGAGAACGGACAGCACGUUGCAGCCUUGUAUUGCGUUGGGCGGUAUCGCAGAACCCACAUAUAUGUGGCGUCUCCCUGAUACUUUUAGACCGCCUUUGACCCAAACGACGACUCGUUGCAACCUCGAAGAAGACUCGACUUCGAACGCGCUGACCGGUGCAGCCACAAUCUGGUCUCCUCAAGACGACAACUACUCUAGCCGUACAAUGGCCUCCGACACAUCCACAAGAUUGUGCGAUUUUCACAAAAGAAGCACUCAUACGAAUCUUGAGGAGGGUACGAAAUUCACAGCAAUCCUGGUGCACCACAAAGACGCACCCGAAGGCCACGAAGAGCUUGAGGGCGUCUUUCCAGAUUGCAAUUGGACCGUUCCGGAGCAUCCCGGUUCUACAUGCCUCUCCCCGGAGAGUCCCACCCUGGGGAUUAGGCCCAUGGACACACCAUGGCUCCAACCCUCAACCUCUAGUGAGCAUAGACACAGACUCGUGCAUGAGGACGGGCAGUUCGUGCAAUACGCGCUGCCACAGGCAGAGAAUCUGUUUGCGAUUCCCUUCAACUAUGCGCCAUACGGCGCGCAGUUCCCGACCAUCCGGCCUUGGGCGACACCAGUAGACCUACAUCAAACGCACUCGACCUGGCUCAGCCAGUGCUACGCUGCAUACUUAUCGCAUGUUGCGCCGCAUAACGUAACCAGCGCUCCCGCACCUGGCCUGCAAUAUGCAGGGCAGGCAUCUGAAUUCACCAGCUACAUCAACUACGACGACAACGUCGACGCCCCAGUGCCAGUGCCACGCGCUCCCCGAGUCAAGAAGCCUCGCUCUCACACUCGCACAGAUGUUAUCCGCCUGUGUGUCCAUAGGAGAUCCAAUCUCAGGGAACCCGCCGCCUACAACUACAAAUGCGGACAUUGCGAGGCAUGGUUCAGUCGCGCUUGCCAGCGCCAGCGCCGCAUGAGGACCGGUUGCGCCAACGGCGAGCAGAAGGAAUGGCAGUGUCCUCUCUGCCUUAAGAUGUACUCGCGCACUGACUCGCGCGCGAGGCAUUGCCGCAACCUGCACCACAUAUCGUACGAGGACGCGCUUGUGCUGGUCCGAAAGAGAAUGGCCGAUAUAGUAACAAGUGCGAAGGAAGGCUCAUUCGAACCACCCGCUGAGGAUUAG